AUGUCUGAGUCAGAGCUAGUUCGUGUGGUUCUCUUCCUUCUCCCUUCCCUCCUCACUCUGCUCCUCAUCCUCAUCCUCAUCCUCAAAAUCAAAUCCCACCGCAGAUUCAAUCUCCCACCAGGCAGCUCCGGCUGGCCUUUCCUCGGCGAGACGAUUGGCUACUUGAGACCUUUCUCCCCCACUUUCCUCGGCGAUUUCAUGGACCAGCACGUCACCAGGUACGGGAAGAUAUACAAGUCGAAUUUGUUCGGGGAGCGGACGAUUGUGUCGGCGGACGCAGGGCCGAACCGAUUCAUACUCCAAAACGAAGGGAAGAUGUUCGAAUGCAGCUACCCGAAGAGCAUCGGCGGGAUUCUGGGGAAAUGGUCGAUGCUGGUUUUUGUGGGAGAUAUGCACAAGAACAUGAGAAUCAUCUCACUCAACUUCCUUAGCCACGCCAGGCUGCGAACCCAUCUCCUCAAAGAAGUCCACCACCACACUCUGCUUGUGCUCUCUUCCUGGAACCACAAUUCCACUUUCUCUGCCCAGGACGAAGCCAAGAAGGAAGAAGGGUUGGGUGGGGUUGGGUCAUGGGUUGGGUUGGUUUUAAUGACGUGGCGGGUUAUAAUGACGUGGCGGGUCUGGUUUUAUUUUUGUUGGGUUAUAUUCGGCUGA